CACUGCAGACCGCGAGACUGAGAGUAUUAGUCGCUUUAUUUAUGUGGCACCACCCUCAGCUGCCUUCAGAUAAAAGGCAUCAGCAGAUGAGAUACGAGGUUUGGGAUUAUUUCGCGUCGUUCUUUGUGUUUUCUCUGGGACAAAAACACUAUUUUGAUUGCUUUUCUCCAAAAAUCAGCGCGUGAUAAUGGAUUUCUUGGCGCGUUUCUGCUUUUGGGCCGCAGCGCUUCUAUCUUUGUGGGCGUCAUCGUCCGGACAGAUGGUGUACUCCGUUUCAGAGGAGGUGAAUAAGGGGACAGUUGUGGGGAAUAUCGCCAAAGACCUGAACAUUAACCCACACGACUUGGAACCUCGACAGUUUCAGAUCGUGUCUGGAUCCAAUAAGAAGUACUUUGAGGUCGAUCUGAAGACUGGGGCGCUGUUUGUGAGCGAGCGGAUCGACCGUGAGGAAAUUUGCGCGUCUAAUGAAAAAUGCGUUUUGAAUUUGGAGGCUUUGGCGCAGAACCCUCACAGUCUUUACAGGAUUGAGGUAAAGAUUGUGGAUGUAAAUGACAAUUCGCCACAUUUUCCACUAGACACGUUCAAACUCAGUAUAUUCGAACACGCCAGCCUUGGAGAGAGGUUUCCACUCCCGGUGGCUGAGGACAGUGAUACAGGCAGCAAUGCGCUAAAAGAAUAUAGACUCAGUCAGAAUGAAUACUUCUCUAUAGAUGUACAGAGCGAUGAAGGGAGUGUUUACGCAGAGUUGGUGUUGCAAAAGGCUUUGGAUAGAGAGAAACAGUCGCUUGUUCGCUUGAUGCUUACAGCAGUAGAUGGAGGAAAGCCUCCUAAAUCGGGCGCACUGAAUAUAAUUAUAGACGUGAUGGACGUCAACGACAAUAGCCCAGUUUUCAGCAUGCCUCUUUACAAAGUUAAAGUGAGGGAGAAUGUUUCCUUAGGCACUAAAAUUUUGUCUGUUUCUGCCUCUGAUGCGGAUCAUGGCAUAAAUAGCGAAAUUCUGUACUCGUUUUUAGGACAUGGGAAGUCAAAAAAGAAAGACUUAUUCACCAUCAUCCCCGAAACUGGGGAAAUUCUAAUCAAUGGGCGAAUAGAUUAUGAAGACAAUCAGGCGAUAGAGUUACGAGUUCAAGCAAGAGACAAAGGCAGUCCUCCUCAGAGCACGCACUGUAAAGUAUUAAUAGAAGUUUUAGAUGAGAAUGACAACGCACCAGAGAUUAUAAUGACCCCACUGCUGGACAGCGUCAAGGAGGACACCAAACCUGGUACUGCUGUGGCUUUAGUUACAGUUUCUGAUAGAGAUGGAGGCAAAAACGGUCUAAUACAUGUUUCAAUGAAGGGCUCUUUUCCUUUCAAACUGGAGCCAUCGUAUAAAAACCAUUACUCCCUGGUAGUAGAUGGACCUUUAGAUAGAGAACGCACUCCGCAGUAUAACAUCCCACUUGAAGCCAUAGAUGAAGGAGCUCCACCUCUAUCCAGAAGCAGUAUAAUAACCGUCCAUAUCUCUGAUGUUAAUGACAACCCACCGCGCUUCUCAGCACCUGUUGUUAACGCUUAUCUGAAAGAGAAUGGCCAAGUUGGAGAUCACGUGAUCAAAGUUUUGGCAGAGGAUCCCGAUCUUGGCGCAAAUGCUGAACUUUCAUACUCGUUAUUAGACACUUCCAACGACGGCUUUCCAAUAUCAGCAAUGAUAAACGUCAAUUCCUUGACUGGUGAAAUAUACAGCAUGCAGUCUUUUAACUACGAAGAAACAAAAAGAUUCCAGUUUAAAGUCCAGGCCACUGACUCUGGAGUUCCUCCUCUGAGCAGCAAUGUGACUGUGAACGUGUUUAUCCUGGAUGAGAACGACAACAGUCCAGUGAUCUUACCUCCUUACUCUGAGGCUGGGUCAGUAAACACCGAGAACGUCCCCUACUCUGCUGAAGGGGGCUACUAUGUGGCUAAAAUCCGAGCUGUAGAUGCUGAUUCUGGUUAUAAUGCGCUGCUGUCUUAUCACAUCACUGAACCUAAGGGGACUAAUCUGUUCCGCAUUGGAAGCAGCUCUGGAGAAAUCAGGACUAAGAGGCGAAUGAGUGACCACGACCUGAAAACCCACCCACUUGUUGUGACGGUAUGUGACCAUGGAGAACCUUCACUAUCAGCUACAGUGACUGUCGAGGUUGUGGUGGUUGAAAGCCUGGACAGCGGGCAGCCUUCCCUAAGACAAGUGCCGAUGAAGGAGGAGGGCUUCUCUGAUCUGAAUCUGUAUCUGCUCAUCGCUAUUGUCUCAGUGUCGGUGAUCUUUCUGCUGAGCCUCAUCGGUUUGAUAGCGGCUAAAUGCUGCGGGUCAGAGGGCGGUUUGAGCAGGUGCAGCGGUCCAGUGGUCACUACACACCCUGACGGGAGCUGGUCUUACUCUAAAGCCACUCAGCAGUACGACGUGUGCUUCAGCUCAGACACGCUGAAGAGUGACGUCGUGGUUUUCCCGUCGCCGUUUCCGCCUGCAGACGCAGAGCUGAUCAGCAUUAAUGGAGGGGACACUUUCUCUCGGACACAGACUCUCCCCAGC